AAAAUGCCCUUUCGCUGGUUUGGCCGGAGGAAAGGAACGAGCUUUGCGAGAGCCUAUAUAGCUAAGCUAUUCCCUAAUCUCGCACAAACGCUGCACGACUGUGACUUUUUGUCCUUUUCUGGUGGCGCCCGACGACCGAGCGCAGAGCUAACGAAGCUUUUGACUUGGAUUUGAACUGGCCUAGAGAGAGAGAGAGAGAGAGAGAGAGAGAGAGAGGAAUAGCGGCAGCGCAGCAUCCCGGUGGAACCAGGAGCAUUCGAGCCGUGUUUUGAGCGGAGGGAAACUACUUUUGAUGGUUUCUGGGCUGCUGCAUUUUCCAUUACUCCUUUCGCGUCUUGUCAGAGAACUGAAGAUCCAUCUUCUUCUUCUUCUUCUUCCUCGCGCCGGAGCAUUUGCCUCAGAAAGGUUUCUCAGGUUUCUCUUGGGUCGACGAUGAUGCACAGCGAUGAUCUGCGAAUGUGUUCCAAGAUACUUCUUAUGUACUUUAUGGCAUAGUGGCCAAACUCCCGGCUUACAGGAUGUGUGACUCACCGUCCCUCGGUUGUUCGCAAAAUCAAAGCCAUUCUCUCUCCGAAUGCUCUCAUUCUGGCACAGUUGGUUGGAUUUCGGAAACUUCAUUGGAUAAGCUCCAUCUUCAGAGAGAUGACGGUUCCUUGUUAAAUGUUGGAGAUUCUGAUAAUGAAACCGGACGUCCUGGAUUAUCUACCGGAAGAAACGGUACCUGCCCUUACAGAUUCCAACUUGAGCUGGAUGUACUGAAACUUCAAGAGCAGCUACGAGAAGAGAUAGAACUGCAUGCAGUUUUGGAACAAGCAAUCGAGAGAAGUGCUGUAAAAUUAUCAAAACCUUCAUGUCUUCCUCAUCAGGCUCAGGAACUCCUUUCCAAUAUUGCGAUGUUGGAACUCGCAGUUUCCAAACUCGAACAUGAGAUAGUCUCUUUACAUUUCCAACUAAGUCAAGAAAGAAAUGAACGGAGGCUGGCUGAAUACCGUCUGAGGCACUCUUCCUUGGAGGAGAAGUCUCUUUGUUCCUCGAGCAUUUUGCAAGUGCUGGACGAGGAUGGCUCCUCUGCACCUCUCUGCGAUAACAUAGGGUCCGAUGCAAAAUAUGGUCAAACUCAAGAUAGUAGGAAGCUACCCAGGGAAUUGCCACCUAAGGGCCUUUGGGAUUAUCCCAACCUACUGUCUGAAGAGAUGGUCAGAUGUAUGAAGAAUAUAUUUAUCUCACUGGCAGAUUCUGCGUCGUCGUGCCAGUUCUCUACAUCACAGGGCCACCUCUCACCUUUGUCUCCACAUGGGCAUCUUUCCAACUCAUCGUGGUGGUCAUCAUCUGAACGCUCAGUCAUUUCAUCCUGGGUGCAAAGCCCCCAAGUUGAUGUACAGAGUAACUUGGACGUGCUGGCCUCAGAUAAUGCUUGUGAUCCAUACCGAGUACGCGGGAAGCUAAGUUGGGGAGAUGUAGGAAAUUAUGGGCAGGCAUCCGAAGUUUCUUGGAUGUCUGUUGGGAAAAAGCAAUUGGAAUAUGCCUCUGGAGCUUUGAGGAAGUUUAGAUCUAUAAAUGUGAACAGGACACUUGUUGAGCAGCUUGCCAAGGUCAACCCAAUCCACCUGAGCAGCAACGACAAACUUGCCUUCUGGAUCAACUUAUACAAUGCAAUGAUCAUGCAUGCUUACUUGGCUUAUGGGGUUCCAAAGAGUGAUAUGAAGCUGUUCUCGUUGAUGCAGAAGGCAGCAUAUACUGUGGGAGGCCAUUCUUUCAGUGCAGCAGUUAUUGAGUAUGGAAUUUUGAAGAUGAAACCACCUCUCCAUAGGCCACAGAUUGCUUUGCUCCUCGCUCUUAACAAGCUAAAGGUAUCUGAAGAGCAACAAAAGUUUGCUGUCGAUGUGUCUGAACCGCUUGUAGCAUUUGCUCUCAGCUGCGGAAUGUACUCAUCUCCUGCGGUUCGGAUCUACACUGCCAAGAAUGUGAGGGAUGAGCUACAGGAAGCACAACGAGAUUUCAUCAGAGCUUCAGUUGGGGUUAGCAGCAAAGGGAGGUUAUUGGUGCCAAAGAUGCUACAUUGCUUUGCCAAGGGAUUCGUGGACGAUACUAACUUAGCUGUAUGGAUAUCACACUACCUCCCCCCCCAUCAGGCGGCCUUUGUGGAGCGGUGCAUGUCACAAAGGCGUCAAAGCCUUCUUGGUUCUCGCAAUUGUGGAAUUCUUACCUUCGACUCCCGCUUCCGUUACCUAUUCCUGCCUGAGAAAAUCCAUUUUGACAAUGCUUGUUCAUAGUUACUUUGGCUAGCCUUGGCAAGAUUGGUAAGGUCGUGGCAACAAUGCCUUCGAGGAGGCUCUGUAUCAUUUCGUCUUGUAUAUCACAAGAUGGCUGCAGCCCGUGCAGUUUUGGUCUUUGCUCUUGAAGCCCUGCCGUAGUCUUUGAUGAUGUACAUUCUGUUAGAGAAACUCUGACCGACAAUUGUUAAAUAAGAUGUUCAAACCAUUUUUCCCGCUGAUACUGGGAAAACAUAAUGACAAUGUUCAUAUUGGAA